GUGUGUGUGUGUGUGUGUGUGUGAGAGAGAGAGUGUGAGAGAUUACACAAUGUACAUUUUUUACACAUGCUCAACUGCAACUGAUUUAUCACCUCCAUCUGCAUUUUAAAAUACUGUGUGAUGUAACUGUGUGUUUUAUCCCAAAACUGAGCUGCCAGGUCCAGCAGGUCCAGUCAUGGGAUAUCACUGGAAAUAUGACUGAAUCCAGAAUGUGCCCAGAUCACCUUCACUGGAUCUCUGGACUGACUAAUAAGCACAUGUUAGAGAAGAUGGUCAGAGUACAUUCAUUUCAUACAGAAAGGCUUUGACAGAGUUUCAAUGUACAAAGAGCCAAACAGACCUGCUAAAUUAUUACCUUUAAACAUAUAAUGCUGUCUUUACAUGCACAUUGUAAAACACUAAUCAAAAGUAAUAGUUUAAUGUUAUGGUGGAUAAAUGUAGAGGUUACAGAACAGAAAAAGUAAAGUGAUACAGUGCAGUACUAUCACAGUCAUUUUACUUUUGUGUGAUGCCAAUUAGACUGUAGGCUACAUUCUCUAUCUGCAAUAAUACAGCAUAUUUAUAAAAUAAAAUGAAGGUUCAAAAGUUAUUCUUACACUAUAUUAUUUUAAAUACAGACUCCCGCAUAAAUUGCAUAUUUCUUCUCCUGCUCUUAUUUGUAUAAUAUUCAGGUAGUGACCAUUACAGAAAGCGUUAUUUGAUAACGACCAUUUUAUUUUAAAAUGCCGCAAUGAUUUCAGUGCACCUGCUGUGCAAUGCUUCAACUAACUUGAUACAUUGUUGAGAUUUUAGCACAUUGAAAAUACAGUAGUCUGCUGCGACAGAAUUGGUUAAAAUAAACGGAGUAUACUUUAGUACCCUGACUUUAAAUGCCAGAUUAGCACGGGACAAACACCACAGAUUUCAAUAAGGAGAGAUCAAUUGGAAGAUAAAAUAUAUAUAGGACGACAGGAUUCCCACGGAGUCUACGCUGGUGGUGGUGGAAAAAUACAUGAAUGGAAAGAUAUAGUAGCAUGAAAUGGAAGUACUCAACUAAUGUACGGCAGACUUCAACCUGUGAACCACACAUAUAUUCAAACGACAAAACUAAGAAAAGUGGGAAAAUUCAAACAUCAAGAACCGUUUAACGCAUUAACGUUAACUAGGUAAGUAUCUAUCCUACUUCAUUAUACAAGUAAAUGUGUGUAGCCCUCUUUAAAACUUACUGAACUAAAGCAUACAAAUAUAAAAGUAAGAACACUCAUCAUGCAGAUUGGCCCCUUUUAAAGUGUCAAUGUUUACAUUUUAAUUUUGGAGUAUUAUUAUUGAUGCAUUAACAUGUAAGCUAAGCAACAUUUUAAUUUUGUUGUAGUUGGUCCAGGUCAAGUUAUAAUAACGGUAUGAUGUUGAGUAGUUAAACCUAAGAGAAAUCAUCACAAUUUCUUAACCAAUCAUAUAUUUUGUAUGUGAAUCCACAUCUGCAAAUUAACUAUAGCUGUCACAUAAAUGUAGUGAACUACAACAUACAAUACAUCUCUAGUAUAAUAUAAUACAUAAUGUUACUCCCCAUAACAGUGUCUCCAAACCAGCUUGCUUGAGUCGUUCUUCUGGAAGAGUUCAGUGACAACAAGCUGUAGGGAGACGGCACGUCUCUGACACCAAGAUGGAUGUCAGUGCAGAGAUAGAGCUUGCUAUAGAGGAGAUGGAGAGGGGAGAGCUGCUUUCCACUGUCUGGGCGGCCAUAGAUGAAAUACUGGCUGGCAUACCCAACCCUCCACCUCCUCCUCUUGUCCCUGCUGAGCUGGAACUCAACGCCCACCCUCAGCCAGUAGAAAGUCACGCUGAAGGAUAUGGUGCGAGUAUCCCCAUGAUGGCAUAUCCUCAUAUGUUUGAGCAGCAAAAUCCACUGAUGGCUGCUCCCACCAUGUACGAUGGACUUCUGUGUCAGGGAGACAUUAUACAGCCAGGUUACCUGUAUAACCAGGAAGGUGCAUAUAGCCAGGGACAGUAUCUGCCGUAUCAGUGGCCUGAAGCUGACGUCCCAACAGCUGUCAGUCACCCUGCUGCUGCUCCACAGCCAUAUCUGCCGUAUCUGUGGCCUGUAGUUGACGUCCCAACAGCUGUCAGUCACCCUGCUGCUGCUCCACAGCCAUGUAACAUUGUGCCUGUGGUGAAGCUCUCUGAAGGCCAGAGCCUGCGUUGGGUUGGAGCGCGGAAUGGAGAGAUGUUGUACGAGGUCAUAGCAGAAGAUUCUGCUCCUCCACUGAACACCUCCAAGUCAAGAAAGAGAAAGCGUGAAAGCCAGCAGGACGAAAGCCCUCCGUACGUAAAGAAGCCGCCAAAUGUCUUUAUGCUCUUCAUGAAAGAGCAGAGGUUGAAUGUUGAGGCCGAAUUAAACAUCGAAGGCAUAAAGAGUGCGGCCGUAAAUAAAGUCUUGGGACAGAAGUGGAAGUCACUAACAAAAGAAGAGCAGGCCAAAUAUUACGACAAGGCCGAAGAAGAAAGACGGCUCCACGCCCAGCGACACCCCGAAUGGACCCCCAAAGAUAACUAUGGCAAAAAGAGGAAGAGGCAGAGAAGAGUUAAAGCCUCUGCAUCUAAUCCUGAAGAGGACACUCAACAGGCCAAGAAGAUGGAGUCUUCCUCCUCAAUGACGGAGGCCCCUCACACAAAGACGAGAAUGAUGGAGCCACAGGACCUGCAGACAGUCCUGGGGAUGGAGGCUCCACAAACGCAGACAGUCUUGGUGCAGCUGCCACACACACAGACUGCCGUGACUGUGCCUGUGUGCGACAUGUGUCACCUGCCACAGGUGUAUGAGAUCAGCCCUGCCUCAUGGCUGGAUCCUCUGGAAACAGCGUCCACAUUGCUGGCCUCCCCUGCUCCACUGACUCUAAUGCAGACAGAGUCCACCCACUCAGAGGAUGUCGGAGGACGGUGUUACCCAGUGAUGGAGCAGCUUGAGCCACUUUCCUCUCCUCACUGUAUAGCUUCAGCUGCCUUUCUAUAGACAUCUGCACUGUGGAGCUUAAUAAAAAAAAAUCAUACACAAACAGAAUCACAAACAGUACUUUGACAUGUGACAACUAACAGAGCACCACAGAGCGAAACAGUUUUGAAAGCCACUAUAUUAUUGGUUAAACACAGGAAAACAGGAUCAAGAAAAGGGAAGAGCAGCCACAUGUUUAAACUAUUCAACAGUCUACUGUGUAUAACGCAAUACAGAUAAACAGCACCACAACCUACACCCUCCAAAAUGAUCAUAGAGUUAAAUCAACACCUCUCUAAACAGCUUCAACAAAAACGUAUUGCAGAAUUAUUGGAGGACAGCAACUGAGUGUAUACUUUGACUAACUAAAUAAUUAUCGUUAUUUUAAGCCUUUUAUCUCCUCAUCCUAUCCGUCUUCUAAAUACUGUAGGUCUUUGUUAUGCUUUUGUACGGCCUCAUUACCUUGUGAGUGUUUUAAGAUUUUGUAUCUUG